CAAGUUCCUAAAGUCCAAUUCCACAAGAUUCCUUCAUUCUCUAAUUCUAAAAUCAAUUCCGGAAGAAACGAAAAACCUUCGCAAGUUGCAACAAAGAAAAGAAACUGUGAGUCAACUCAACAACACACAAUCGAUUGAUUAUCAAAACCAAAUCUGAAAACACAAUUGUGAAUUGUUUGUGAAAAUGGGAGAUGAAGAUCAAACUGGAGAAGCACAGAAGAUUAAAAGAAUUGCAGCUGCUGCAUAUGAUUAUGAGAAAGACCCUAGAUGGGCUGAUUAUUGGUCCAAUAUUCUCAUCCCUCCUAACAUGGCUUCUCAUUCUGAUAUUGUUGAUCACUUCAAACGCAAGUUUUAUCAGCGAUAUAUAGAUCCUGGUCUUAUCGUUGAGCCAAUGUCAUUUACUGGCUCCUCUCAGUCGGCAAGGCAAACUUCAUCAUCUUCGUCGACAUCAACACCAGCUAGUGAGCAAGCAAGAUCUCGUGGCUCAGGUUCUAAUUCUAGAACAACGGGAUCUGGGACAACAACUCCACCCAGUUCUGGUUCAACUCCAACUGCGAUGCGCUGGGAUAGGCAAACUGUAUUGUUUUCUGUGAAUGCCUGGGUAUUUGUUUUGGCUUUACUUUCGGUCUUUCCCCUCAUUCCAGCAAAUCUUUCAAAUAGGGCUUAUCGCUUAUCUUUAGUGGGCACAACAUGCACGUCAUUAUAUUCUUUGUACUCGCUAUAUGGGAGACCUAGGGCAUUGAAUAUGCAGGCUGUCCAAAUCUGGUUGCAGUCAAUUAUUGCAACAAAGGAUUUUAUCUAUUUUAUUUACUCCCUCAUGUUUGUCACUUCCAAUCUUUGCCUCAGAUUUGCCUUAAUUCCCGUUCUCUGUCGAUCUCUUGAGCAUGUUGCGAAGUUUCUAAGGCGUAACUUCAGUCGUUCCAACUUAUACAGAAAAUAUUUGGAAGAGCUUUGUGUGUGGGUGGAAUCUAAUACUACCACCCUUAGUAUAUUAUCCUCUCAUGCUGAAGUUGGACUUGGUUUCCUUCUUAUCAUCUCCUUGUUCUCAUGGCAGCGCAACUUUAUUCAAAUUUUCAUGUAUUGGCAGCUGUUAAAGCUUAUGUAUCAUGCUCCUGCUACUGCUGGCUAUCAUCAAAGUGUAUGGACAAAGAUCGGAAGGAGUGUGAACCCGGCAAUUCACCGCUAUGCACCUUUCCUUCACACACCCCUCUCUGUCGUCCAAAGAUGGUGGCUCAGAUAGAACGCAUAUUAAAUGUAAUGAACAAUUUGAACAGGCAAUGUUGUAGCUGCAAGGAGCAAGCUGCGAUUGCGAACCUGUUUGAUAUAUUUUGAAUGUAUCUCGUCUUCGGCAGAAUCAUUGGCUAGAUUUUGUUCUUUUUAUAUUCGUAAACGUCUUAAACCAUGUCAUUCGACCUGGAGGCCGAGAUUUAAAAAAAUUACUUUGUGCUGUUUGUGUGCACUGAUCUUGUACUAGAAGUAGAAAACCAAUGUCUCUGGAACUAGAGGAUUUUUUGCUACACAAUGAAUAUAUUAGGGUUAA